AUGCCACCCAAAUCAUCCAAUCUACAUCAUAUCACAUUCCAUUUCUACAAAUCGGCUGUCCUCCUAUCCCUACCUUCCAAUACGACUAUAACAUCCCUCAAAACUCAACUUCUCCCAGCACUGUCCCCUCUCUCAUCAACCAUUCCUGUAGAUUUACCUACCUCGAUAUCAGGCUUGGAACUAUGGGAAGAUAAUUCCUUGAUUGAGGGACAAGAUCAGACGGAUAAAGAUAUACAGAAAUUGACAGAGGGGAGUAAGACGAUAGCUCAGUUAGGAUGGGACAGGUGGAAGACUAUUUAUGUCAGUUUCAAGAACCCAGAUGGAUCAUUCUCCAAACCUAUAUAUACCGUACCCGAUGUAGAAGACGAAGAACCUGAUGGAUCGGAGAUAUGA